AUGUGUGCCUCCAAGACGUACGGGUAUCAAGGCUUCAAGUCGUUCGCGGUGCAGCACUGCGCCACGCUCAAGCCGGGCGAGACGUACGAACAGCGCGCCACCAAGUUUUCGUCCAUGGGCUCGCGCAUCAUCGCUCCGCCGACGAUGAACCGCAUGGGCAAGAACACGCACGAGUCCAUGGGCAUGCAGAGUGGGCAGCACGUGCAGCCAGAAGACUAUCGCGUCCCUGAUCGUCGCGGCGUAAGUGUGAACCAGCCGCGACCGAGCUCGAAGCCGUUCAUCGCCAACAGCACGUACCUGCACGACUUCCCGGCGUUCGACGAAGAGCGCAGGCGUGUGCUGACCGUGCCACUCGAGGAAUACGAGCGCGCGUUCAUGGCUGUAGCGAAGAGGAACAACCAGCAGCAACAGCAACAAGUUGGACCGACGAUCCAGUUGGCCCAAGUGCAGGAGGUUCUUCAGCUCGCGCUUGGUGACGGCGCAGUUCCUCGAGUGGUUGAAGUGUUCCACAGCUUCCUCGAUCGUCGGGGCAGCGUCCGUGACAAGAUCUCGUGGGGCCUCUUCCGACAGGCUGUCGACCACGUCGACGAUCUAUUUGACCGUGAACUCAAUCGCGCCACUACUGCGAGCUCCACCAGCAAGACAUGGGGCUCUACCAGCUUCGCCGACAAGCAGCUCAACGAGUAUCUGGUUCACUCCUCGACGCCAGCGAGCAGCUACCAAAUGGACUUCGGUACCUACGGCGAGAACCCUCGGGAUCGGCCGUACAUGCGAAAGCGCGGCAUGGCGUCCACCACAAUGGACAUGAACCCUGGGACCAGCCGCGUCACGAACCAGAUUCCAGGCUACGCAGGCUUCCUGCCCCUCACGUCACACAACGCAGAAGCUCUAGCACACGCCAACGGCCCGGAGGAUAUCGACUCCCUGCACCCAACGCCACGCGUAGCACUUCGACUGUUCCACAGCGACAACAUCCCGGGUUACACAGGGCACAAACCCGUGGACUGCGUCAAUUACCGCGGAGAAUGCCGCGCUGGCAGUGACCCGGGCACCACCACGGGCGACAGCUACAAACCGCACAAGUAG